AUGACCCCCACUGGUAUAGUCUUCAGUCAUGGAGGCACACAAGCCUCCCCACCACGGCAAGAUCAGUUUCAUGUUGUUGGUCCAGAUGGUCCUCUUGUUGUUGGAGCUGGUGAAGAUGUGAUUCUGCCAUGUUCUCUCAAACCCAACAUCAGUGCUGUGGACAUGACAGUGGAGUGGUUUAGGCUCCAUACAUCAGAUUUACUGUUGCAUUUUUAUGAGGGUGGAGUGGAGAGUAAAGAUCAGAUUCAGUCUUACAGAGGGAGGACAUCACUGUUUAAAGAGGAACUGCAGAAAGGCAACGCUUCAUUAAAACUCUCCAGAGCGAAAACUACUGAUGAAGGAGAAUACAGAUGUGUUGUACAGUCUAAAGACUGGAUUGAUGAUAUUUCCUUUAAAAUCAGUGUUUCAGCUGUGGGAACCUACCCAGUGAUCUCUAUAGAGGGCUAUAGAAAAGAUGGGGGACUGAGUCUACUGUGUGAAAUUAAAAGCUGGAACCCUGAACCUGAGGUUCUGUGGCUGGACAGUGAUGGAAACCUUCUCCCUGCUGAAGAUACAGAGACACUCAGAGACACAGAAAGAUUCCAUGUUAAAAAACAUGUCACUGUGCAAGACACUAACAUCAACAGGUUCUACUGCAGAGUAAUCCUGACAGAUCAUAUGAAGGAGUCAGAGAUUGUUAUAUCAAAGAAAGAGAGGCACAUUGAUGAAGUGAAUGUGACUCUGGAUCCUGAUACAGCACAUCCAAACCUCAUCCUGUCUGAUGAUAGGAAGCAAGUGCAACUUGGAGACACAAAACAGGUUCUCUCUAACAAUCCAGAGAGGUUUGAUUAUUGUUUUGGUGUCCUGGGAAAGGAGGGGUUCUCCUCAGGGAAAUUUUACUAUGAGGUGCAGGUCAGUGGGAAGACUGAGUGGGAUUUAGGAGUGGUCAAAGAAUCAGUAAACAGGAAGAAGUGCAUUACACUGUGCCCUAAGCAUGGAUUUUGGACAGUGUGGCUGUGGAAAGGUAAAGUGUAUAGGGGUAUUGAUGGUCACUCUGCCCUUUCCCAAACACUCCAGACGGUGGGGGUGUUUGUGGAUUAUGAGGAGGGUGUGGUCUCCUUUUAUGAUGUGGAGGCCAGGUCUCAUAUCUGCUCUUUCACUGGUCAGACUUUCACUGAAAAACUCUAUCCAUUCUUCAGUCCCUAUUCUAGCGAUAAGGGUAAAAAGUCAGCUCCUCUGAUCAUCACCAUUGUCAAUCACAAUAAGUGA